AUGACAAUCGACCUCACAACCCUGGAUGCUCAUGAGCAGCCUUCAGAUGAGUUGAGGGUAAACUGGAAGAGAUAUUCCAGAACGGAACAUGCAGACUUUGCCAGUCACCUCGAGAUAGACGAGUUGGACCCUUCAGACGCAAAGAGUGCAUUUCGGCUGGCUGAACACCUACCGAGCGAGAGACUGAGAAGCUCAUUCCAGCAACUGGAAGGCGAUGAAUGGGAUGCACAUACAACCGUUAACGACGCACCCAUAUAUUUUCAUCCCCUACUUCCAGGUCUACUCAUUGUCCCGUCCAUGGUACCACCGCGAGUACAAAAAGCGUUGCUGUCACGAAUGAUACAUCGGGACCUAAGCAAUCCCACACAUCAGACGAAUCUGCACCUUCACUAUGGUCUCCCUUACAGAGACGGCGAGGAUGUGGAUGCCCGGUCCUUCUUCUCCUACUCCCCCGAUGAUCCCACUACACAAUUCGUACCGAAGGAUCCCACAGUACACAAACCCCUAUCCAUAAAAAGAGUGCUUGAUCGCCGGCUUUCGUGGGUGACACUAGGCGGACAAUACGACUGGACCAAUCGCCAGUACCCCGAUCACUUGUCUCCUGGCUUCCCUCACGACAUUGCCAACUUCCUGCAGACCCUGUUCCCAGAGACGCAAGCCCAGGCCGCCAUCGUCAACUUCUACAGCCCCGGCGACACCAUGAUGAUGCAUCGAGACGUCAGCGAACAGAGCGACAAGGGCCUGGUCAGUAUCAGUAUCGGGUGCGACGCAUUAUUCAUGAUCGCACCAAGCAAAGGUGCAGAAGAGCAAACAGAGAAGAAUAGCACCGACGACGACGAACCGCCGCAAAAGAAGCCGUACCUCCUUUUGCGUCUGCGGUCUGGCGACGCUAUAUACAUGAGCGAGGACUCGCGGUAUGCCUGGCAUGGCGUUCCUAAAGUCCUCAAGGGUACCUGCCCGGACUUCUUGGCGGACUGGCCUGCUGAGGACGGCAAGUUCGAGGCGUGGAAGGGUUGGAUGCGGAAUAAGCGGAUCAACUUGAACGUGCGGCAGAUGAAGGACUAG